AUGGAUACGAGCCUCUGGCCAGCAACAGUCAAGGACAAGACCCAUGCGGAUGUACGAGAUUUUCGAGAUAACACGGAAAUGCUUAGAGGGCAGCAUUGUCAUAUGCAAAAGCCCUCACUCCAUCUGGAAGGUCACAUCUGGAGUGGGUCUAUAGGGAAAAGGCUAUGGCUUUGUAGGCCAUAUCAUUUGAACCCAGAGGCAAUCCCUGAGGUAAAUAUUCCACUUCGGCAGCCUAGGCAUGUUGAGGGAGAAGUUUUUGUGCAAUUUACUAAGGAAGAACUGGAUCGGUCUGCUGUUCCGUUUCGCUUUUCUUUGGUCUUGAAGUUCCUGCGGCAAAGGCCUUCUCUGGAUCGUAUUAGAGGUUUUAUACAUAGCCGAUGGGGCCUUUCGACGCAGCCUAUGGUGUCUGUGAUGCGCAAGCCACGAAAUGUUUUUGUACAGUUCUCAAACGAAGAUGAUUUCUUGAAAGCCAUAUCAUGGGAAAGUUGUGAUAUUGAAGGGGCUGCAUACCGGGCAUUUCAAUGGACGGUAGAUUUUAAAGAGGAUGAGGAACCAGUGCAGGUACCUGUGUGGAUUAUGCUCCCUAGCCUCCCUCCGAACCUUUAUCAAGAAUCAUAUCUAAGGAAUAUAGUGGCACCAAUUGGUAUAUUUUUACGUAUGGAUAAUGCAACGAGGUGUGCAACUAGAACUGAUGGUGCGCGAGUUUGCGUGCUUAUGAAUAUUGAUCAAGAUCCAAUCUCUUCUUUUUGGAUUGGAACGCCACGACAUCCUGCAAGUUUUUGCCAAGAAGUGGAGUAUGAAACAUUGCCAGCAUUUUGUUCUUGCUAUAAAGUGCAAGGACAUAAUCUGAAAACGUGUAAAACUAAGCUCAAGGAAGGGAAAGAUCCCAUGAACUUGAGGACUAUGAAAUCGAACAGAGUUUGGGUUCCUAAGGAGAAGGAGGAUGCGGACAAUGCUGAAAAAGAUCCACCAGGUAAGACUAUCGAGUCAUCCUCUGUUUUGGUUAUUCAUAAUGUAGAGGCCAAUGAGUUAAAGGAUGGAAGUACUGAAGGGGUGGUGUCUUUAGACGCUGAGAUUGAUAAGGGAGAAACUGAGAUUGAUAGGGAAGAAGCUGAGCCUUUAGUGCAUGAGAAAGAUUUGACAAUGUUGGCAGAAUCUAGUGGAGCUCAAUCGGAUAGAGAAUUGGAUUUGGUUAUGGGCGAUGACCAGGUUUUGCAUCCUGUGGUUGUGUCUGCUAUGGAGGGACUGGAAGAUAAUUCUAAGGUGCAAAUAGGAGGUACACGGGUUCCUAGUUCGGAGGAUUUGCAACUGGCGAUUUUUGACCAAGCUUAUCUUGGUAUGGAAUCAAAGUCUGAGGAUGAGGCUGAGUUGGCGCAUCCAGCAAAGGAGAAGGAUGGCAGUUCUGAUUUUGAAUUAUCAAAAAAGAAGUUGUCUCAUGUGAUUUUGGGGGAUUAUAACAUUUUGCGGAAUGAUAGUGAAUGGCGUGGUGGAUGUCUGAGGCUUCUCAUGGCAAUGGAGGAGUUCUGUUCAUUUAUUGAUACUGGUGGACUGGUGGAGAUUCCAUUUUUAGGGAACAAAUUUUCAUGGUGCAACGAGCAAUCGGGGAUGGCUCGCUUAUGGGCACAGCUUGACAAAGAUUUGUGCAAUCUGAAAUUUCUGGAGCUUUUUCCUUCGGUGCAUAAUCAUUAUUUGCCCAGGAGGUCUUCAGAUCACUCUCCCAUGCUAUUGGGUCUUUCGGCUACUUUAUCCAGGUAUGGUCCUUCUUCAUUUAAAUUUCAUUUUAUGUGGACUACUCAUGAGGAUUUUUGGCGAUGUGUGUCGAGUUCUUGGGAGGGAGGAGUUUAUGGAAUUGGUUUGUGGAAGUUAGCAAAAAAAUUGAAGAGAUUAAAACAGGUACUUAGAACAUGGAAUAAGGAGAUAUUUGGUUGGACUGGCCGACAUAUUAAAGAUUUAGAAAUAAAAGUGGAAGAAGGGGAAGCUAGUUUGCAAGAGAGGUUUUCAGAAGAUGUUGAAAUGGAUGUUUUAGCAAACAAGAUGGAGCUGGAUGUCUGGCUAAAAAGGGAGGAAGCUCGCCUUGCUCAACAGUUUAAGCAUGAUUGGAUUUUACAGGGUGAAACGUCAUCAUCUUUCUUUAAAGCAUUACAAUCCAGGAAACAUAAUAUAGUAAUGGAAAUGAAAAUGUCUGAUGGUCGUGUACUUAGCUCUCCGGAAGCCAUUCAUGAGGAGGCGUGUGUAUAUUUUGAGGAAUUUCUAAAGGCAAAUCAGUCGAGUUCAUUGCCUAAUUUGGCUGAUUUAAUUUCGGGUGAUGUGUCGGAAGAGGAGAAUAAGAUUUUUCGCAGUCCUCCUUUGAUGGACGAAGUUAAAAAUGCUCUUUUUUCUAUUCCUAAGGAUAGUAGUUCUGGUUCGGAUGGCUUUGGGUCGGGGUUCUAUCAACAUUGUUGGUCAUUAGUGAAAGAAGAUGUAUUUGAAGCAAUUACGGAUUUUUUUAGCGGGACAGAACUUCUGCGGUUUUAUACUGCAUCUUAUAUUGUUUUACUUCCAAAAAUUCAGAAUCCAACGUCAUUUGGGAAUUUUAGACCGAUUAGUCUUUGUUCCGUGGUUUAUAAAAUAUGUUCUAAGAUCCUAGUGAACCGUUUUUCAAUGCUAUUUAGCAGAAUAAUUUCAAAGGAACAAGAAGCUUUUCUUCCAGGUUUUGGUUUUUCGCUGAAAAUUCGACAGCUUCUGAGGCAAUGUGUUACUACACCUUGGUAUUCGAUUGUAAUGAAUGGCACAACAAAGGGGUUCUUUAAGGGUGGAAGGGGUUUACGACAAGGUGAUCCUUUAUUCCCGUACUUAUUCAUUUUAGUGGAGGAAGUACUUUCCCGUUUGAUUAAGAAGAAGUAUGAAGAGGGAAUCGUAAAGUGUUAUUCUCUUCCGAGACAUAGCCGUAUAGUCUCACAUUUAUUAUAUGCUGAUGAUAUGAUAAUCUGUUCUAAUUGUGGGAAAUCUUCUAUUUUGGAAAUUGUUGGUAUUUUGAAUACCUAUGCUUCAUGGUCGGGGCAACAGUUAGUAGGGGCAGGUAAAGCUACAGAAAUUACUAAUGAAAUUAAGGGUCAAAGGUUAGGAGAAGAUAAGCUCGUAUGGUUGGGUAAUUCGGAGGGUUCCUUUACGUCCAUGAGUGCCUGGAGUCUUGUUCGGGAGAGGAAUAAUAAUGUUGAAUGGACGGACUGGAUAUGGAAUGUUGCUAUCCCUAAGAAGUUGUCUGUGUUUAUGUGGAAGGCCCUGAACUUAAGUCUAGGUGUGGAUGACUGA